UAGAAUUCAUACAAUCCAUAGCUUUUCAAUUUAUUCAUUUCAUUUAUAAUAAUCUAUUGACCGACUUUGGAAAAGAUGUGUGGAUGUGUUAUUAGUGUUGAUUUUAAUAGUUAUUUAAAGCUUUAAUUUCUUUGUGGUCCAAAAAUAGUGUUCCUUUCUUGAUCAACCUUAACUGUUCCAAACAAACAAAACCCAUCAUCAUACAUAGCUUAAACUCAACCUAACCUGAUGUCCUGAUCCAAACUUAACCUAACCCAAAUCUACCUACACUAUCUUGUCCUAAACCUAACCUUACAUGUCCCAAACAUAAGCUAACCUUAUCCAAACAUAUCAGGGGUAUCACCUAACCUACCCUAAUCUGACCAUAAUCAAACCAUAUCUAAUUUGACACACACCCAAACCAACCUAGUUACCCAUCCUACCAUAACCUUAAGCACAAAAUUGCUUCCCGUUGGUUCGGAACCCACCUAAAACUGCACGUCCACAACUUAUUUCUCAUUACUGUGCUGCAUCUUCCCACGCACGCACAUGAAUAAAGCUCAUGUGGGCACCACCCUCAGAGAAAAAAUUUAGCUACAGUUGCAAAAUGGCUGUGGCUUUGCGCUUACAAAGAACAUACUGCGGGUGCUCAUUGAAAAUGGGUGCUAUCUCGAUUGGUAUUAUUUAUUUGUUUUUCUGCGGAUUAGCUGCUUUUCUUUUGGUGUUGUUUGCUGCUACCGGAAUUACUUAUAAAUUAGUUGAUAUGGCGGAGGUUACAAAUUACCUGACUUUCUCUCCAACAGAAGCAUCAAAUUCCCAAAAGAUUUCUCACAACCAGGAUAAUUCACAAUUUGAGGAAAAUCUCACAGAAAAAAUAACGAUAGGAUUGACAGUCAGCGCCAUGUUGUUGUUAGCAACAGCAGCGUUUUUCAACGGAAUGCUUGUCCACGGAGCAAUGAGAAAUAAGCCCACCUGUGUGCUCUAUUGGCUUGUUGAACAAACGGCUCUACUCUUCUUCGAAGGACUUCUCGUUGCUUUUCUCAUGCUCAACGACCACACCAUUUCCAUGAUCUUUGUUCUCAUAGAUAUUGUACCGAGAAUCUACUGUGUACUGGUCGUGAAUGGCCUCCUUCACACUAUGCGUCAGGAUCAGAUGCCAAGGGCAGCACAGUGGACUCAGAAAUAAAUUGAUCAACAUAUUACAAUUGAACAUUUGUAAGAUGUCAUUUCUACUAAGUUUCAAGCUUAUAUUUUUAUAUAAUCCACCGAUUUUUUUUCAAGGAGAAGACGAAGAUUGUUUUGGAGUGAUUUGGUAGAAUAUACUUUUUUGGUGAAUCCGUGAAUGGAAAAAGUUUACUUAUACAGAUACAGAGUGGGUGAAAAGUUCCAUAAAGUCAAUAUUUCAUAUUCAACUAUAAUUUGAUGAUAAGAGUUGUUGGGCAUCCUACUCAAUACUAUAAUAACUUUAGUUAUUAUUAAUAUAACUAUAUAAAAUGGCCAAGAUUUGACAAACCUGAUCAAAGUUGAUAAACUUUGAAUAUUAAUAUAAAUAUAUUUAUAAAUGUUGACAUAUCUAUCAAAUAAUAUAGGUAUAUGCCAGCGUAUCAAAAAAUAACUCGGACAUUUUUUUAAAUUUUAGUUGGAAUAUCGUAGUUCUUUCAAUCAAAAAUCAUAUUUGACAACCAUCUUGGUUCAACCAAAAGUGCAAAAUCUGUGAUGGUAGUUCGUUGUUGAAUACUCAAAGGAGAUAUCUAGAUCUUAUCUUCUUCUUAUACCUUAUAUUCUGUUAUUUAUUCACUGAUUAAGACAAGUACUGUAAUAUCUCCACUAGAAAGAUAGUUUUUGUGAAUUAUGUUAUUAUCACCUCCUUUAAUAGAUAUUAAACAACAUAUCUGAAUUUUCAUCUGUAUAUCUUACACAAAUAAAAAAUUCUGUGCAGAACAAUUUCGGUCUGCCAUUUUGAAAGCUAGUUUAUUUUUUUGAAGGGGAAGGAAAGAGAUCAUGUCGUGCUUUUUUCCAAUAGAAAAAUGUCAGAUAUAUUAAAUGGACGAAAACAACAGAUAAUGGAUAAACCAAACAUCUAUGUGUCAUAACGUUCCAAAGAUAUUUACAUUACUGUGCAUAGUACUGUACAUAGUUUUGAAACAGAAAUUUAAUAAAAAGCAUCUUACCUAAGUAAUUUUUAAGUGGUCAAAAUUGCAGUAGACAUACUUUCUUUAUUGUAAUAUUCUUCACAUUUUCAGCACUUUGAACCGUGAAAUUUGAUAAAUCAUGAUUCUAAUGUAUAACUCUUGUAUUUAAUGUUUGCUUGAGUUAUUAGUAUUUUCAAAUAUGAAUAUCUUGGUAAUGGUUUGGCACAUCAAAGUGCGGUUUCCACCCUUCAAUUUUUCCUAAAACUACGUAUUGAAUUCUCAUGUAAUAACUGACCACCUUACCAUUAAAAAAAUGGAAUUGCAUACGAAAUGGCGGACCCAAGAAGGCGGAACAAAAUUUCGAAGUCACAAAAGUAGUACUUUUAAUCUGAGUCUGAUCUUCAAUCACACCUAUCGUCAAAUUAUCCAUCCUUGUUUAUAUAGAGUAUUAGACCGCUCAGGAUCUUUUCACCCACUCUUUAUUCUAUAAUGUUAUGUAAUAAACUGUUUUCAUCUUCAAAAGAGAAUAUAUUGUAGAUAAUGGAAUGGCUUAACAAAAUUUAUUGAACAGUAUUGUGAGUAAUAAUUGAGUGAAUAUUAUAUAAUAUUAUAAUGUGUAUAUUCAGUCAGAAGUACUAUUAAUAAUGAGUUUUAGAGUACCGGUAUUUGAAGAAAGCUUAAAUUUCAAAUAUUUUUUAUUCUAUAGAAAACAUUUUUUCUUUGAGAACGAGAAAUAGAAUGUGAAAAUGAUUGUUCACCAGAUGCUAUUCUAAUAUUACAUUUAAUUGAAUGUAAUAUUUAAUUAUUGUAUUGAUAUGGUUUUAUUUUCUCAAACAGAAUUCAUCAUAAUCAUCAUUUAGAUUACCGUAUUUAUAAUAAUACAAAUUGAAAUAUAAUAUAAUAUGUAUAUCGUUAUAAUACAUUCUAUAUUAAUUAUAAUUUUAUAAUAGGAUUACUUAUCCAUUGAGAGUAUUCAGCGUGAGGAACACUGUUGAGAGAAAAUUUGUAGUAAACGAAGACUGGAAGUGGUACUUAUAUUGAGGAAUGAGAUGGAUAAUGAUGGUAAUAAUAGGCUAAUAGAUAUUGUGAUGAAUUGAUGGUUGGGAUAAUUUUGAGGUAAAUUUAGUUUCUAAAUUUGAUAGUUACUUUUUCAGAAAUAAUUUUCACAUCCAUAUUGAUAAGAGCUAUUAAGACUGCUGCGUAGGAAGAUAUUUUCUACAUAGAUGAUAUUUUUACUUAUAGAGUGCUAUUACUAGGUUUUAUAAUGAUUGUAGCCUAUAACUCAAAUUGUUUAUUGUAAUGAUGGUUGAAACUGUUUUCUCAAAUGAAUUAAGUGAACAGUGAGUUGUAAUUAAACAGUGAGUGAACUUAUGUUGAGCAAUUUAUGGUGAUUUGGAAUAAUUUCGAAAUAAUUGUUUUUUACAUGUUUAGUAUUAAUAUUGAUAGUCAAGUAGAGUAUUGUUAUAUUUAAAAUACUUAUUCACUGGAAGUGACACUUCUUCCAUUAUUCAAGGUUAAAAGACUGGAUUGAAUACAAAGAUUACAGUUUGGUGAUUAAAAUAGAAGUUUACCUUUCUCUGGCUGAUAUACUCAUACAUAAAUUUUUAUAAUUAAAAAAA